AUGGAAUCACAGUACGGCAUAAAAUCAAGUCGAUCAUCAUCAAAAAAGCAGAUGAAAAGAACAUCUAACAUUUUAAAACAGAUUUCAUCACCUACGUUAUUUCUUGCGGAAGCUCUCGAGUCAGUGAAUUUCUGGGUACUGCUGGACGGGCAGCGGUGGCAUUUUGCACGAAAGGAAAUCAAUUUUACUUUGGGUUGUUUGACUUUGGAGACGUACAAGGAGAUUGGUGUCUAUAGAAGUGCAAUGUGCGAGAAUCGCUCUAUGGACGAGUCAGCAGAUGAGACGAUAUCUCAAGGGGGUAUGGAUGUAAGGCCAGUAACACCAUCCCAAGGUGAGGCUAAUGCUUUGAAAACUCUGUAUGACGUAGUUAUUUCUCCGGUUUCACACUUAAUAAAGGGCGAUGGACUUGUAAUUGUCCCGGAUGGUCCAGCCUUCUUGAUACCUUAUGCUGCCCUUGUGGACCAAAAUUCCAGGUAUUUGUCUGAAACGCUACGAAUUCGAUUGGCUCCUUCGCUAACCAGCUUAAGGCUGCUGGCAGAGUGUUCCUCAGAGCGCCAUAGUACGUCUGGUGCACUGCUUGUUGGUAAUCCAUGGGUGGAAACUGUACGCGUCAAGGGCAAAAAAAUAAAGCAGCUCCCGGGUGCCGAAGAUGAAGUAAAAAUGAUCGGACAGAUACUACACAUCGAGCCUCUCACUGGAAAAAACGCUUCAAAAGAUGAAGUGUUAAGCAGACUAAACUCAGUUUCUUUGGUACACAUUGCAGCGCAUGGUCGUGCAGAAACCGGCGAAAUUCUUUUGUCUCCUAAUCUUGGCAGUUGCCAAAGACCCAAAGAGAAAGACUUUCUUUUGACGAUGGCAGAUGUGUUGAAUGCGAAAUUGAACGCCAAGCUUGUUGUCUUGAGCUGCUGUCACAGUGGGCGAGGGAAGAUUCAAGCUGAAGGCGUGGUUGGUAUUGCACGUGCCUUUUUAGGUGCCGGUGCACGUUCUGUUAUUGCGUCACUGUGGGCGAUUAACGACGCAGCCACUUUAGAGUUUAUGAGACACUUUUACGAAAGUUUGAUGACAGGGCAAAGUGCAAGUAACUCACUUCAUCAGGCCAUGAAAUGGAUGCGGGAAUCUGAAAAGUUUUGUGCGGUGAAGGACUGGGCUUCAUUCGUGCUGAUUGGAGAUGACGUGUCUUUAAAUUUUGACGAAUGA